UAAUAAAAACCCUUUCAUUCUGCCAUACGAGUUUUUAAACUCCAUAAAUGUUUUAGUUAUGAUUGUGUGUGCGCGUGUUCAGUCGUAUGAAAGAUUCCCCAUACGUUAUACGUCUUCUAGGUUUCUUGUGUGUCUACAUUUGUAGCAUAUUUGAUUUAUUAUUCAGUAUACUAGUGUAGUUAUAUCUGUGAUUUACAUUAACCAAUGUUAAGAGGUCUGCAAUGUUAGUACCUGGUCACGAGCGUGAGAGCCGGCUGGUCCGCGCGGCGCGCAAGCUGUGCGGCCUGGAAUCAUGGCGCAGACGAGUGCCCAUCUCCAUCUGGCUGCCCAAGUACACCCUCCAGUGUUUGUACAGAGACAUCAUUGCCGGUAUUACAGUAGGUCUCACGUCCAUCCCGCAAGGAAUAGCAUAUGCAAUGGUAGCUGGCUUACCACCACAGGUGGGUCUGUACUCCAGCAUAUUCCCUGGCUUCGUGUACGUGUUAUUCGGCAGCUGCAAGGAUGUGACGGUGGGGCCGACCGCGGUGCUCGCGGCGCUGCUCGCCAAGUACGUGGCUCUGUCCCCCGACUUCGCCUGCCUCGCCGCCUUCCUCUCCGGCUGCAUCAUUCUGCUGCUGGGAGUACUGCAGCUAGGUUUCCUGUUGGACUUCAUCUCGAAGCCAGUGAUCAGCGGCUUCACGACAGCCGCAGCGCUGCAGAUAUCCGCCUCGCAGUUGAAAUCAUUGUUUAGGGUAACAGGGUCAUCAGGUAACACUUUCAUCCAGGCGCUGGUAAACUUCUUCAAGAAUAUAAAGACAAUACAUCUAUGGGACAGUGUUCUCGGCAUCGCUUCUAUUAUAUUCCUCUUAUUAGUAAAGCGUGUGAAGUUGCGCGGGCGGGUGUGGGGCGGGUGGGGCGCGGGGGCGGCGCGGUGCGCGGUGCGCGCCAGGAACGCACUGCUAGUCUUCCUCACCUCCGCUCUCGCGUACAUCUUGUACAGGAGUGGUAUCUCUCCGUUCGCGCUCACUGGUAAGAUAGAGGGCGGGCUGCCGCAGUUCGGUCCGCCGGCGUUCAGCACGCGGGUGAACAACCAGACCCUGGGCUUCGCGGACAUGCUGCAGAGCUUCGGCCUGGAGGGGCUCGCCCUGCCGCUCGUCGCCGUGCUCGAGAGCAUCGCCAUCGCUAAGGCAUUCGCGGGCAGCGCGGCCGUGGACGGCACGCAGGAGAUGCUGGCGCUGGGCGCCUGCAACCUGCUGGCGUCCUUCGCGCAGAGCAUGCCAGCCACUGGCUCCUUCACGCGCACCGCGCUCAACCACGCCAGCGGGGUGAUGACCCCUGCCGGCGCGUUCUUCAAAGCGUGCGUGGUGCUGGCGGCGGUGACGCUGGCGUCGGGCGCGUUCGCGUGGAUCCCGCGCGCCGCGCUGGCCGCCGUCAUCCUGGUGGCCAUGCUCUCCAUCAUCGACUUCUCCGUCGCCGCGCUGUGGCGCACCAGCAAGAGCGAGGUGUGCGUGUGGGCGCUGACGCUGUGCACCGGCGCAGCUGCGGGCCUGGAGUACGGCAUCGCGGCCGGCGCGUGCGCAGACGUGCUGCGCUCGCUGGCGCACGCCGCGCGCCCGCACAUACUGCUGCAGCCCUGCAAGGUGGGGGCGGCGGCGAGCUCGCGCGCAGUGCUGCCGGCGCGGCUGCAGUACAUGUGCGGCGCGCGCGCGGCGCGGCAGCUGCGGGGGAGCGCCGCGCAGCUGCUGCUGCUGGACGCCAAGCACCUCCUACACAUCGACAUUGGCGUCGCAGAGGAUAUAAUAACUGUGAUAUUAGAGUUAGAGCAGGAAGGGCGUAGGGUAGUGCUGUGGAACUUCGAGGCUAAACAUCAGCAGCUGUUUGAGCAGAUCAACCCCAAUGUGAAGGGGAAGUUCUUCAACGGAAUCAAUAUAGAACAAUAUUUAUUAGAAGGAGAGGCUGGACGUACAAGUGUUAAUUUUUAGAAUUUUUUUUUUAAAAUAACUUCGUAUUAAGUGAAUUAUAUAAAUUGUUAAGUUUGAUGAAUGUAUUUUUAAUGUUGAUUAAAGUUAAACUUUAUACAAUAAAAAGAAUAAUUAAC